AGUUCACCGUUCGCCGUUUACUGGGAUUCAUCUUAUCUUUCUGUCGAGCUAUUUCCGUCUCUAUCGCUCCUCUGAAACCACCGUGUUUUCUGAUGAGACCUCCUUCCCGGGGAGGCAGGAGGAGGACUGAUUGCGGAUUGCCGAGCCUGAUUGGGGUUCCAUGCGGAGAUGACAGGAAAUCACGCAAUCUGCCCUCAACACUUGGACAAUCCUAACAAGAGUCUUUUGGGACAGAUGAGAACAGCUGAGAAAUCAGUGGGGCCUUGACUUCACUGGAGGGGACUGGUGAUACUCCCUCUACCCCCCCCCCAGCCAAUCAGAGGUGGCGCUGAUUGCGAGGGACUGUGGCUUUCUUCAUAUACAACACAUGGGAAGCCGCUUUAACACAUCUAUAUGAGAGAGGUCAUUUGCUGGAUGUGUUUUAAGGAACAGUUUCUAGGAGGUAAUGUCCAUUUAACACUCCCUAAGUUGGAACUUACAUACAUAUAUAUGUAAAGUGUAUCAAAUAUCAUCUUUAGUCCUUAUUGAUCAUUUUGAACAACACUCUAGAUGUUAAACAACUGGAAAUCUGUGUGGUGGUAUUUCUGAGUGCACCCACAGCAUGAGUAAUCAUUCCCACAUGCGUUAUCAGUAGUUUUAUGACUUGAUCAUAUUGACCCAACCAGAAGCCAAAAGUGUUUCAACAGUGGCAGCCAACUGGAGACAAGAUGCAGCCAUGGCACUCUACUGGUUCUGGGGAUCUGCAGGGGAACAGCAGUGGCAGCGGGCUGGGCAACGCGGAGCUUGUCCUGGUCCCAGUGUUAGACACACUGAUUCUGGUGCUGGGGGUCGGGGGCCACACUAUGGUGAUGGUGAUCCUGUGUGGGAGGCACAGGAGAGGAGUGGGACGUGCUGGAUCGUCUCCUCGCAGCUCCCUGACGGGCACGGGGACGGACAUCCUCCUGGUGGCUCUGAGCGCCGCAGACCUGCUUCUGCUCUCCAUGCUCCCCUUCCACACCAUCGCCAUAGCCAUGCAGCGGUGGGUGUUUGGAAACCUGAUGUGCCGCCUGGUGAGCUUCCUGGGAUCGGCCUGCUCCUCGGCGAGCGCCUUCACGCUGGCCACGCUGGCAGCGUCGCGCUACCUGACUGUGGUGCACCCUGCGAGAGCUUAUUCUGUCCUCUCCCCACGCCGGGUGACAUUGGCCGCUGUGCUCCUCUGGGUCCCGGCCUGCAGCCUGGCUGUCCCUCAACUGGUGUUUCGCUCCGUGGGGAGCCCUGAACUGGCUUGCUUUUCUUUCCUGUCCCAGCGAGGCCAGGUGAUCUACGGGCUGCUACACUUCAUCAUGGCGUUCCUGCUUCCACUCGUCACCAUCGCAGUGGCGUACGGCAGCAUCUACCUGUUCCUGUGGCGGAGUCGGAAGGCUGGCAGGGCCCCCCAAGUGGAGCGCUACCAGAGGAAAGUGACACAGACAUCGGCCAUGCUGGUGCUGGCCUUUGCCCUGUGCUGGCUGCCAUCCUAUGGCCUGAUGCUGGCCCUGCUGGUGGACAACAGCUCGGGGGCCACUGGCGCCUCACCACGGUACGGCCCCUUCAGUGUGUUUGCACGCCUCAUGGCGACUUCCUCGACAGUGGUGAACCCCAUCCUCUACGUGCUCAUGUCCGAAAAGUUUAGACAAGACCUGCUGAGGCUGUUCAAGAGGGGGGGGCAAGGAGCUAGUGGGGCUGUGGCCACGACUGCUGCCUGAAAACGUAAUAGGACUAAACAGCUGACACUUAAACACUCAGCAAAUCCAAACUGGGAACUGCAAUAAAAAGAUUUACAAGCCAAGUGGCAGCAAUACUCAUAUGAACAGAACGGACAUGAUCAGCAUUUGGAACGAGUCCUCUAAAGAACCCUCACAAAGCCUGGACAUCGUUUGCAAGAUCAAACCAAUUGUUCUGGGAGGUGCUGCUCUACAGGGACGAACAAUGUUGAAUCAUACAUUCCUUGUAAACCAGACUCAAGUUAAGGAACUUUGGUCAAACAUUAAUGGUGCAGCUGUGUUUGGUUGUGUUGACACAAGGUGAAUACAGCUCUGUGUGUCUCUGGGCUUGUUUAUGUUUGUAUACACUCUGUUCUCAAAACACUGAUUCAAAAAAUAAAGAAUAUUAUUCUUAUCUAAA